AUGGCGCCCUCACGCAACCUUCCGGACUCGGAUACUUCAUCCCAGGUGGAUACGCCGAUGACUGACGGAAACGAAUCUGUUGCUCGUAUUCCUGUCGACGAGCCCGACUACCCCAUGGCUGAUUCGGAUACCAACCCCAACACGACUGCAAGCAGCAUUGCAGGCGAUCUCACUCAUACAGAUGGACGCAAACGGAGGUCCGAAGCUUUUCAGCUCAGGAAAAGCGUUCUCGGCAAGCAGCACGGACGAUUAGACGAGUCAAGGGAAGAUGACUCGAUUAGGCGAUUCCGAUAUCUCCUAGGUUUAACAGAUUUAUUCCGUCACUUUAUCGAGACCAACCCGAACCCGCGCAUUAAAGAGAUCUUGGCGGAAAUUGACCGACAAAACGCCGAUGAAACUAGCAAGGCUAAGGGGUCUUCUCGCAAAGGAGGUGCUAGCGGCGACAGGAGACGCCGUACUGAAAAGGAAGAAGAUGCAGAACUUUUGAAAGAUGAAAAGAGCGGCGGAGAGACAGCCACCAUCUUCCGCGAGUCCCCAGCCUUCAUUAACGGAGAGAUGAGAGACUACCAAAUAGCCGGCUUGAACUGGUUGGUUUCGCUUCACGAGAAUGGCAUAUCGGGUAUUCUUGCAGACGAAAUGGGUCUCGGAAAGACUUUGCAGACGAUUUCUUUCCUUGGCUACCUUCGACACAUCUGUGGUAUCAACGGACCACAUCUGGUUGUAGUACCGAAGUCUACCUUGCACAACUGGAAGAUGGAGUUCGCAAAAUGGACGCCCGAGGUCAACGUUAUGGUCCUGCAGGGAACCAAGGAGGAACGCCAUGAGCUAAUUACUGAGCGCCUUGAGAAGGAGGAUUUCGAUGUCUGCAUUACCAGCUACGAAAUGAUUCUAAAAGAAAAGUCCCAUUUCAAGAAGCUUGCUUGGGAAUAUAUCAUUAUCGACGAAGCGCAUCGCAUCAAGAACGAGGAAUCUUCACUUUCUCAAAUUAUUCGCGUCUUCCACUCCCGCAAUCGGUUGCUUAUUACCGGAACGCCUCUACAAAAUAACUUACACGAACUCUGGGCUCUUCUCAAUUUUUUGCUUCCCGAUGUCUUUGGCGACUCAGAAGCAUUUGAUCAAUGGUUCUCCAAUCAGGACUCUGACCAGGACACUGUUGUACAGCAAUUGCACCGUGUUCUUCGACCGUUUCUGCUACGCCGAGUCAAGAGCGAUGUUGAGAAAAGUUUGUUGCCCAAGAAGGAAGUCAACUUAUUCGUUGGUAUGUCAGACAUGCAGGUAAAAUGGUACCAGAAAAUCCUCGAGAAGGAUAUCGAUGCUGUGAACGGCGCUGCUGGCAAGAGAGAGUCGAAGACCCGGUUGCUCAACAUCGUGAUGCAGUUGCGCAAGUGUUGUAACCAUCCUUAUCUUUUUGAAGGCGCCGAGCCCGGUCCACCAUAUACAACAGACGAGCAUCUUAUCGACAAUUCGGGCAAGAUGGUUGUUUUGGACAAGAUCUUGAACCGCAUGAAGAAACAAGGAAGCCGUGUGCUUAUUUUCUCCCAGAUGAGUCGUGUCCUCGACAUUCUUGAAGAUUACUGCGUUUUCCGGGAGCACAAGUAUUGUCGAAUUGACGGUUCGACGGCUCAUGAAGACCGAAUUGCAGCCAUUGAUGAGUACAACAGAGAAGGCUCGGACAAGUUCAUCUUCUUGCUUACAACCCGCGCCGGUGGUCUCGGUAUCAAUCUUACCACUGCAGAUAUUGUCGUACUUUUUGAUAGCGAUUGGAACCCACAAGCGGAUUUGCAAGCCAUGGAUCGCGCUCACCGUAUCGGUCAGAAGAAACAGGUCGUUGUCUUUAGAUUUGUCACGGAGCAUGCCAUUGAGGAGAAGGUUCUCGAGCGAGCCGCCCAAAAACUACGGCUGGACCAGCUUGUCAUUCAGCAAGGUCGUACUCAGCAACAGACAAAGAAUGCCGCAUCCAAAGAUGAAUUGUUAGGCAUGAUCCAGCAUGGAGCUGCUGACGUGUUCAAGAAGCAGGGAGGCACGCUCACUGGUGGAGCUGAGAUGACUGAUGAUGACAUCGACGCAAUCUUGCGCAAAGGUGAAGAGCGCACGGCAGAACUCAACAAGAAAUACGAAAAGCUCGGAAUCGAUGAUCUUCAGAAGUUCACUUCGGACAAUGCCUAUGAAUGGAAUGGUGAGGAUUUCACGAACCGUAAGAAAGACAUCGGUAUCAGCUGGAUCAAUCCUGCCAAGCGAGAGCGCAAGGAGCAGUUUUACUCUAUCGAUAAAUACUAUCGUCAAGCUCUUGCUACUGGUGGACGUACCGCUGACCCCAAGCCCAAAGUACCACGUGCUCCUAAACAAGUUUCCAUUCAUGACUGGCAGUUCUUUCCCCCACGUCUGCAUGAGCUACAGGAGAAGGAGACAGCGUAUUUCCACAAAGAGAUUGGGUACAAAGCUGUCCUUGCUGAUGGAACAGACGAGGACCUGAGCGAACGUGAAGCUAAUCGAGACCUUGAGCAACAAGAGAUUGACAACGCGGUACCCCUAACUGAAGAAGAACAGGCCGAAAAGGCCCGACUUUCCGAAAUGGGCUUUCUGCACUGGAAUCGGCGAGACUUCCAACAGUUCGUAAACGGGUCUGCCAAAUUUGGUCGAACGGAUUACGAAGGUAUCGCCACUGAGGUGGAUAGCAAGACUCCUCAGGAAGUGAAGGAGUACGCCAAAGUUUUUUGGGAUCGCUACGACGAGAUCAAUGAUUACCCCAAAUACAUCCGCGUCAUCGAACAAGGCGAGGAAAAGCUUCGAAAAAAUACACACCAGCGGAAAAUGCUUCGAAAGAAGUUGGAUAUGUACCGCGUUCCACUACAGCAACUUAAGAUCAAUUACACGGUAUCUACCACGAACAAGAAGGUGUACUCCGAGGAGGAAGACCGAUUCCUGCUUGUUAUGCUUGAUAAAUUAGGCAAGGAGGAUGAUACCGAAGGUAUUCAACUCUUCGAGAGAAUGCGUGAGGAGAUUCGAGAGAGCCCUCUAUUCCGAUUCGAUUGGUUCUUCCUCAGUCGUACACCAGUUGAACUUAGUCGCCGAUGUACCACGUUGCUCAAUACCAUAGCCCGAGAGUUUGAACCUGAGCCGAAAGCCAAUGGAGAGAGCGGCAAAGCCCGCGGUCGUGAUCGCGAUCGUGUGGAAGAGGAUGGCGAUGAAGAUGAAGACGAAGCGCCCGCCAAGAAGAAAUCAAAGAAUGGAGCAGCGGUGAAUAAGAAAUUAAAGGGCGUCAAAGCCGGCAGUAAGGGCUCAUCUGCAAGCACAUCCAGAGCUGCCAGCGUCUCAUCCAAUGUUCAGAGCAGUAAAUCGAAGAGCAAGAAGAAAUGAUGAGUCAGAAUCCGGUGUAUAUUGUGCAAGUUUAGUGUUCCCGGGGUUUGUAUCAUUUGUUGAUUUUGCUGUUCGUCAUGGUUCGGACUCGGCUGAACGAUCUAUAUCUUAGCUGAAUGUCCUGCUCAGGUUGGUUUACAUCGGCGUUUCAGUUUUUUGAGGAGGUUUAUUCUGUAGAACUACAACUUGACUAUUUGCAAAGAUAAUGAUGACAGAAUAUUAAUCAGUUAACUAUUAGGUAGAAUUUAGAUAUACUCUAUUCUAUUCAGAUAUCAAUGCGAC